UUAAACCUCUUUUAACAUUUGAUUUUACAGACAUCAAAUUUAACCCAUAACUCAUUACCAUAAGAAUUAUCUGGUAUCGUUUUCAUAUACAAAUGUAUACAUUCCAUGAAAACUUAAUUCAAUUUAAUUGCAUGAGACGACAAUGAAGUCAGCAGCUGUAAAUAUUCCAUAAAAAGGGAAUAUCACCAUUCCCUCUCCUAUACAAAAAAUUAAAACUUUCAUUAAAACGUUAUCAGCAAGUAAAUGCAUGCAACAAAAUACUUUAAAGUUAAAAAUGUUCAAACAAAACUUCAUUUGAUAUAGCAGUAAUUAAAAGAGACUGAAAAGGAUCAUGGUCAAUUUCUACAGUCAAUAGAUGAGGGUCAUGAAGAAUAGAAAGGUUUCUUAGUUUAUGAAAAUAUGUCCCUAUUUUUUAUGGGCCAGCACAUUCAGACAUCAAUGAUAUAAAAAAUCUGUCUCACACAAUCUUCAAAAUGAGAUUUUAUCGAUACAAACUGCAUUCCAUUUAAAUACAUUUUUUUAAAGUUUUGACAAUAUAAUUGACAGAUUUAGGGAAGAUUUUCAUGAAAUUCCAUUAUACCAUAUUUAUAUUAUGACAUACAAUCAUGAUCAUAGCUUAAGAUUUUAUUCUACAAAGCACUAAAUAAAGAUCAAAAUAGAAUUUCAACAAAAAAAUUAAAGGUGGAUAUUUAAAAGACAAUUUUAUUCAUUUGAUUGACAACUGUAUCAAAAUACCCCUCUCAAAUGUUUGAUGCAUGUUUUAUCAUUGUAAUUUAUUGAUAAAUAACUUUUUAAUUACCCCUGCCCGUUAAUUUUUAGUUACCUUAUAUACUUAGAGUAUAGAGUUGGUUUCAAUUGAAACUCACCAAAAACAUAACACUGACGACAUUUAAAUUAGCUAUAGAUUGUCACGCCAAAUGACAUAUAAUAUCCCAGAAAAUUUUUGGGAAAUUUUUGCACACAGCAAUCAACUGAAGUGACUCCUUUGUGAAGUGCUUCCUACGAAAUGAAUUUUGUAGUCCCCAAAAAGAUGAUAAAGUAGACCCCAUGCUAAGAGCAAUCGGACAGAGCCUUAUAAAUGACAAAUCAAUAAGAAGUACCCGCAUGUCUGCAAAUAGAAUAAAACAAUAUUUCUCUCCUAAAUCGGCACAAUCGUGUUUGCACCCCUUUCAAGUAUCUCUGUGAAAGAGAUGACCCAUCCCUAUACUGUUUUUGAAAACUAAGCGAUGAGAAAAAGUGUCUUGUAAAUUACUGUCACAAAAGACGCAGCAAUGAAACAAAAUUUUCGUAUUUAUUUAGACGUCGGAACAGAAAAUUAAUACAUUAUCUAUACCUUGUAAGGAUCAAUUAUGCAAACAAAGUGUCAAUCUACCAAGAUAUUUGGUAAAUAGCCCAAAAUUCUGGUCGUUUUUCAUGCUGCUCUUGCUUAAAACAUUGUAACACCCCAUCACAAAAUGUAACGCAGUACUCAGUUGUACAUGUUCCAAGCUCCUGAGGAUAUUGAAACCUUCACAGGUAGCCACAACCUGAGGACACCUUAUUAGAAAGGAAAUGGCUGGACGUACUAGCAGAGAUUUUCUGAGGGUUCACAGAAUCCCAAUGGGACGACAAAGUAAACCAUCUCCUAACCCUCAACAAACAACCAAAGGUCAAGCCUCCCCCAGAAAGACAAAGGGGGCAGCAGCACUGAAAACAUCAGUCGAUUUGCAGAAACAGAAGGUGGAACAACUCUGUGAAUUUCUCCUUGGAAAGGCUUCCAUGAGUGACAAUGUUUUCUCCAAUUGUCAGGAUUCUGUGAAAAGACUUGAAUUGCUAAGAGCAGAAAUACUAAAGGAGGUACCAUGGGCGAAGGAUUUGACUGAGCAGAACAGUUUCAUGGGAAUAACCGGACUUCUUUUAAAAGAGUUCCAGAAACAGAAAAUUGAAAUUAAAAAGCUUCUGGAUCAUCAGAGUGAACAAGUGAGGUUAAUGGAAUACAAAGCAAAACAAAUUAAGGAGCUGCAAAACAAGCAUCAGAUUCAGAUUGUCGCAAAAGAGGAAGACAACAAAUAUCUGAUUUCUGAGUUAAACAAUAUAAAACUAGAAAAUCAGAAACUUCAAAAGCAAUCCAAGGACUAUUUAGAAUGCAUUGAAAAUCAUAAAAACCAAUUAAAAGCCAGUAGAGAUAGUGAAAAAAAGUGUCAAGAUGAAUUAAAACAACUGACAUCAGUCAUGAGGAGGAAAGCAAUGAAGUCCUCUCUUUCAUUUUUGUCAAGGGAAGUUAGUGGAAAAUCUUUCAAAAGUGAUUCAGACACGUGCGAUUCUUCAGUGAGUUUCGCAAACAGUGAAACCUCAACAGUAUUUAGUGUCUCCUCUGAGAGAGAAACCAGUCAGCUAUCAGAGUUAAGUUUUGCCAACAGCACUAAAUCUGAGACACAACAGUUCCCUUGUAUUCUGUGUUCACAGACAUCCCAGACAACCCAAACAUUUCUCUGUAAAGAAUGUAUCGAUAAAAUAAAAUCAUCUGAAUUGUAUUUUUAUUGUAUUUUCUAUACAUGUAAUUUCAAAAUCUAGAUUUUAUAUCAAAUCACUCUACAUAUUAGAUAUAGAUAAGUAAAGAGUCAACUGUAUCAAAUCCAAGUUCACACAACAUGUAAGCUGUACCAGCCUUGGUUUCCAUAAGCCUAAAUAUUUCCCUUUUUACGGAUAGAGUAAAACAUUAAGCACCCUGUAAAAUUGAUCUGUGCAAGAGUAAAAUAUAUAUCAUUCAAAUUCAAGAUUCAAAUUCAAAACUAAUACAACAGUAUGUUAGGAGGUCAGGGGUUAAAAUUCAUAAAAAAAGGAUUGAAUGAAAAUUUAAAACUAAGUUUUUUACCAAAGUAUUUGGUUAAAUGGUCUGAUAUCAUGACAUAAUCGAUUUUCAUAAAAGACGAGUUUGCACGCUUUGUACCACAGUGAAAAAUUAAAUGAUCGGAAAAGCCUGUGUGCAUGCAAAUCCCAACUGAGAGAUCAAGAAUAUCAAUUUGUUCUAUCAACAUUGUGGACAAGUAGUGAUAGAGUGAAUUUUGAUGAUAUCAAAACAUCACAUUUAAAACCUAAUUUAAAUGAAAGCUGUACAGUAUAAUUUUGCUGUAUAGAUUCAUUCACAUGGCUGUUUGACAGUUCCCUGUAAAUGAAGGCUCUCAGCCUAUAUGCUUAAUUUUGAUAAGCACAUGAGAUGCCUGAUGUAGUUUUAAUUAUGUAUACGGCAUAGAACAAACUUUUAAUUACUUUCAGGUAAUAGGUAUUUUUAAAAUUAUUUCACAAUUCAUUGAAGAAUAUUUUUCUUUACUUAGCAGUUAUAUGUCCACAUAUGGAGAAUUGAAAUAUGAUGCUGGGGAAGGGACUAUUAUGAUUGUGUUUAAUGUUUGGCUUUACUGUUGAAUGCUGGGGGAUCAUUGCAUGAUGCCUGCAUGCUGUAACCUGGAAAGUUUUAAUGACCCCAAAACACUAUGCACUAAACCUAUUGUAUAUCAUUUACUGGCAACUUGUCUGUCAACUUGCCAUUGAUAGGAACCUGUGAAAUCCCCCCCCCCCAUUUUUUUUGGCUGCUGUAUGCUUAUUUUCUAUUGUUACAGCAAUGCAAAAAUGUGCACAAUACACAAUAAUUUAGUAAUCUUAAAAGACAUACAUGUUAAGUCCAUCCAGUUGAUUCAGUAGAGACAAGUGCAUGGCUAUUCCAUUAGCUUCAUUACCUGUUGAAGUUCUAGUCUCCAUUCAUGUGGUCUUUAUGUGAUAUAAAUAUUAAAUGAAAUGAAAAAUGCUGCGACAUC